AUGUUUGUUUCCAGACUCCUGGAUUUUCAGAAGACGCGCUUUGCCAGGUUUAUGAAUCACAGGGUCCCAGCCAACCGAAGGUACCAACCCACAGAGUAUGAACACGCAGCCAACUGUGCCACCCAUGCGUUCUGGAUUGUUCCCAGCAUCCUCGGAAGUUCGGUUCUCUACCUCCUCUCGGACAAUCACUGGGAGACAAUUUCUGCAUGGAUCUACGGCUUCGGCUUGUCAGGACUCUUCAUCGUCUCCACCACCUUUCAUACCAUCUCCUGGAAGAAACGGCACUUAAGGACCGUGGAGCACUGCCUACACAUGUUCGACAGGAUGGUGAUUUAUUUCUUCAUCGCAGCUUCCUACGCUCCUUGGCUCAACCUGCGGGAGCUGGGUCCCUGGGCAUCCCACAUGCGCUGGAUCAUCUGGAUCAUGGCCACGGGGGGGACGGUCUACGUCUUCUUUUUCCACGAACGGUACAAGCUGGUGGAGCUGUUUUGUUACCUGGUGAUGGGGUUUUUCCCUGCCCUGGUCAUUCUCUCCAUGCCCAACACGGAAGGCCUGGUGGAGCUGGUGGCUGGUGGCAUUUUUUACUGCUUGGGUACCGUCUUCUUCAAGAGUGAUGGACGCAUCCCCUUCGCCCACGCCAUCUGGCACCUCUUUGUGGCGUUUGGAGCUGGCACCCAUUACUAUGCCAUUUGGAGAUACCUUUAUCGGCCGGAUGGUCUCCCGUCUCACAUCUCCAGGUAG